UUUACCUUGGCUGGCAGUUGGUCCAGUUGCCAAGUGUGUAUUGCAUGUGUUUGUCGUCGGUGCCGCUAUAAGCAUUCCACCAGCCAAACGGGUACGAUUGGAAAGAAAUUCAUUUUUUCUCCAGAAUUGACAAACAGUGGCAUCGAGGCGUCGUCGGAGCAUCCUAUAUCUGCUAAAUCUUAAGAAGAAAAACAAGCUCUUUUUGUAGGGGGAGCGCAUCGCGGUGAAAUGUGUUGCUGUUGAUGCGGUACACCGCGUGCAGUACACAACCACACACACACACACAAUCACAGCACGCACGUUCCACGAUGGUGCUGCCCAACAUUCUCGUGACAGGUACGCCCGGCACGGGUAAGUCGGAACUGUGCCGGCAGCUGGCGGACAAGCUCGGCUUCCGGUGGCAGAACGUGAGCGAGAUCGUGACCGAGCACAAGUUCGUGGAGGAGUACGACGAGGAGUUCGAGUGCCCGGUGCUGGACGAGGACCGGCUGCUCGACCAUCUCGAGCCGCUGAUGCAGGAGGGCGGCUGCGCGGUCGAGUACCACAGCUCGGAGUUCUUCCCGGAGCGCUGGUUCGCGUCGGUCUGGGUCGUCCGCUGCUCGACCUCGCUGCUGUACGACCGGCUGCAGGCGCGCGAGUACGGCGAGCGCAAGAUCAAGUCGAACAUGGAGUGCGAAAUCUUCCAGAUACCGCUGGACGAGGCGCGGGACGCGUACCGGAAGGAGAUCAUCCACGAGGUGACGAGCGACACGGCGGCGGAUCUGGACGCGACGGUCGAGCGCGUGCGUGACUGGCUGGAGCAGUGGAAGGCGAAGCACAAUAAAUCGUAAACCCCCCCCCAUCAAUUCAA